AUGAGGUUUACACAAGUAUUAAGACAAAUACCAAAAAUACAAUUAUCAGAAGUAAUAGUAAGAGCAGGAGAAGGAUUACCAACAGGUUUAACAGGUUUAUAUAAACAUCCAAAUCCAAGACCAUCAUUAGUUGCAUUAUAUAAUGAACAAUUAAAAGUAUUAAAUGAUAAAUUCCCAAAAUCAUCAGUAUAUAGACAAUCAGUUGAAAAUUUAACAAAAAAUAGAUUAAAAAUAGUUGAAGAAGAAGAAAUUAUAGAAAAUAUUGAAAAUAAAAUUGGUAAUGGAUUAAUUGAAGAAUUAAUUAUACAAGCAUCUGAUGAAAUUAAAUUAAGUCAUGAAUUAUCUGGUUUAAAAUGUUGGGAAGAAUUAGAAGAAAAACCUUUAGAUGAUCAAUGGGUUUAUUUUGGUAAAAAGAUAUAA